GAGCGUGCGGCGGCAUUGGCAGCAACCUGAAAUUAUACCGCGCUAUCCAUAAAAAGUUAUUCGCUAAACAAUAUUUGUGUGCUUAACAAUUUUUUGGUUAGUACCGCUUUAAGAACCAGCAGCAAAUUGGCGCCACCCACUAAUCUCGAGCCCUAUAAUAUGGCUGUCAUAACGGAACAUGGCAGCGGCCGCAGCAACAGCACGAGCGGCAUCAACGGCAUCAACGGCAACGGCGAGGAUGCGCUGGCGAACACGCUGAAGGCGCAUCAGGGGCUGAGUGGUCGGCAUAUUAGCAAUGCGCUGACCGUGCCUGAGUUCUUUGCACACAAAAAUAUUUUCAUAACUGGCGGCACAGGCUUCCUUGGCACUGUGCUGAUCGAGGCACUGCUGGACACACAUCCGGAUAUUGGCACCAUCUACGUACUAGUCAGAGGCAAGCGUAAAUUCGAUCCAAACGAACGCAUAAAUCGCUUGCUGCAAAAGCCGAUCUUUCAGAAGUACAAUGAGAAGACGCUCGCCAAAGUGGUGCCGGUUGUGGGCGAGUUAAGUGAACCGAACUUUGGCUUCAGCGCCGAUAUACUGCAGGAGCUGAUCGAACGGGUCAAUGUGAUAUAUCACAGUGCGGCGACCAUUAAGUUCAGCUCACCGCUGCGAACGGCCAUCAAGACAAAUCUGACGGGUACGAUGCGUACCAUUGAACUGGCCAAGCAAUUGAAACAACUGGCCGCCUACAUCUAUUGCUCCACGGCCUUCUGCAAUAGCAACAAUCGCGGCCUCAUUUCCGAGGAAGUCUACAAGUCACAAUUCGACCCAUACGAGAUGAUGAAAAUGGCGGAAGACGAUGAGGCUUGGGUGGACUUUACGGAGCAAAAGUGCCGAGGCUAUAUUCGUGAUCACCCCAAUACGUAUACGUUUACGAAGAAUCUGUCCGAGAAUUUGCUCAUGGCAGAAAUGGCCGGUCUCCCGGCAGCCAUAGUUAGGCCAUCAAUAGUUUACGGCACAUUGGAGCAUCCCAUGAAGGGCUGGGUGGGCAACGCCAAUUCUGGGCACUUGGGCUUCCUGGCCGGCUUCGUCAAGGGCAUUUUUCGGACAAUGUGCGGGCGUGCCAAUGCUAUUAUAGACAUCAUUCCGUGCGAUUAUGUAAUCAAUUCAUCGCUGGUCAUGGGCUGGUAUGUGGGCACCCGGCCAUUGGACCAGCCCGAGGUUAUACACUGCACCUCCGGCGAGGUCAAUCCACUGACUCUGGCGCAGUUUUGCAACAUUAUCAACGACAGCGUGGAGCGUCAUCCACCGAAUAACUUUGUGUGGAAGCCAUCGGCGAAACUCCGCAAUGGCUGGCGGUACAAUCUAUUCUUCUAUCUGUUCCACCUUUUGCCCGCUAUGGUCUUCAUCAUACCGGAGAAGCUCUUUGGCAUUGGCAUGCCGCAGCACACGGCUUACGAGUAUAUGCGCGUCUUUCAGAAGGGCACCAAAGCUUUCGACUAUUUUCUUGACAAAGAUUUUCGGUACUCACUCAAGAAUGCGUUGCGCAUCUCAUCGAUCAUGCAUGACACCGAUCGCAAGCGCUAUAAUUUCGAUGCUAGUCACUGCGAUUGGUCGGAGUUCAUCGAUCGUUGCCUAAUUGGCAUUCGACGCUUUUAUUUCAAGGAAUCGGCGCUGACCACACAAUGGCAUCGCAACUACUGGAAGGUCUUCAAUGUUCUCUACUACUUGGGCUACGUUGUCAUUUUUGGAGUCCUGUACUUUGCGCUAACUCCAUUCCUGGGCGUGCAAGUCGGCUUGUCACUGUCUCUGCUCAUCUGGGGAUUUCUGGUCUGGUUGUAAUCCAAAACAAAUAAGCACCGCAUCCGCACCUUCUUCAUUUAUUCUCCGCGUUGUCAUCGUCAUAGGUUGCCUGUCUUCUCCAUGUAGAUUUUUCUUCUUAGUAGGGUAUUAUGUAUUUUACUUUAAGUCUUCACUCGAGUACAAGUCAGUUCAAUACGCGCUAUGUAUUCAUACGAUAAUUAUGUGCAUAAUUGUUCAACUACUAAAGCCAAUUUGUUUUUCAAUAAAAGAUCUACUACAAGGCAAUGCAAAUUAGCCCAAAACGUAGUUAAAUUGUGUAGCGUAGUCACAUUAACUAAACGAAUAAACAAUACCUAAAUAGUACUACAUAAAUAAAUCCAUACAAGUACAUAGGAAAUAGUCAACGUUUGUGCACUUAUAGAAUACGAUUGUAAACGUAAACGCUAAAUAAAUA